AUGGAAAAAUUGAUUCAUCAAGGUGAACCUUACCUUAGUGUUGCUGAUACUUUACAAAAUCUAGGAGGUUUAUAUAAACUUGUUGGAAAAUAUGGUUUGGCAAUUAAAUAUUGCGAGGAGAGUCUAAAAAUGAAAAAGUUCAUUUAUAAAGAUGAGCAUAAUCCAUGUUAUUCUAGUUCUUUAAUGUUUCUUGGAUUAAUUUACGCUGAUGCAGGUGAUUAUGAUCAAGCAAUUAACUUCUCUAUUCAAAAUCUAAAUUUAAACAAAAUAAUUAAUCAUAACCAACCGCAUCCUGAUAUUGUUGAUUGUUUAAACAAUCUUGCAUUAGUUUAUUGCGAAAAAGGGCAAUAUGAUCAAGCAAUUAUUUGCUAUGAGCAGAGUCUAACAAUGAAUAGACUUAUCUACAAGGAUAAACCUCACCCUAGUGUUGCAUAUUCUUUUAAUAGUCUUGGAUUAUUUUAUGUUAGUACAGAACAGCAACAUCCAGAUGAUGCUCAUUCCUUAUAUAGUCUUGGUAUAGCUUAUUAUUCUAAGGAGGACUAUGAUCAGGCAAUUCACUACUAUGAGCAAAGUAUACAGAUGAAAAAGUUCAUCCUUCAAAAUCAACCUCAUCCUAGUAUUGCUGAUAUUUUAAAUAAUCUUGGAUUAGUUUAUGCUGCUAAAACACAAUACGUGGAGGCAAUUUAUCACUAUGAGCAAAGCCUAGAAAUGAAAAAACUUAUCUACAAUGAUCAACCUCAUCCUAGUUUUGCUUUUUCUUUAAACAAUCUUGGGUUGGUAUAUGUUAACAUAGAGCAAUAUGAACGAGAAACUAAAUAUAUUAAGCAAGCUUUGGAAAUCAUUCAAGUUUUUGAAGACCAUCCUUAUGCAGCUGGUAUAAAAAGUAGUUUUCAAAAAAUAGCCACGACAUAUGCUGAAAAAUCUUCUUCAAAUUCGCAGGAAAUACUCUCAGCAAUGCUACAACAACAAUCAUCAAGCUAG